AUGGGUGGAGCUCCAACCUACCUUGGCAAUAUUAUCCUUGUUGGCAACGAUUCCAUCAACACAAUGAUCGGUGAAGCUGACGGCGCUGUCAGCCAAAAGACGAGUGGAUUGAAGGACGUUACGGACGAUGAGUGGCUUGAAGACGUUGAGUUCAAAGUGUCCGUUCGAUCCACCGACGCUCACAGCGACCUAGAACAUAAUUUAAUUAUAAAGGCAGAAAGAAGCUGA